AUGAUUUCCUGCAAGACGAAGGAGCACAUCGCAAGUAUCAAGAACUCAUUGAUGGAAGACUUCAGCAUUAAAGAUCUUGGAGAUCUCAAGUACUGCCUCAGGAUCGAGAUUCAUCGCAAGCGCGAAGAUGGAACGAUCAAGAUGAACCAGAAGGCGUACAUCAAGCGACUUUCGGAGAAGUUUAGCGUUGAAAACUGCAAGGACGUGCACACGCCGGCGGACAGUAACUCGAAGCUGAUCAAGAUGGGUCAAGAGGAAGCGUUUGUACCAAAGUACCCAUACCGUGAGCUGGUGGGCGCUUUAAUGUGCAUCGCCACAUGUACACGACCGGACAUUGCGCAUGCGGUCGGCGAAGUUGCGAAGUUUUGCGAGCGCUACGACAAGUCGCAUUGGACAGCAGCAAAGCGGAUUCUCAAGUAUCUCAAGACGACUCAAGACUUAAGCAUCGUGUUCAGCGGCAUCAACAAGGGAGAGCUGAUCGGAUUCGCGGAUGCCAACUGGGCUGGCGACCUCGACACGCGGCGUUCGACAACAGGAUACGAUUUCUCUCUGAACGGAAGCGUGAUAUCGUAG